AUGACGACUGAGGCCUCACAAGGGAAGCAACCUGCGAGGAAGCACAAGCCAUCUCACCUUAGAAAUGAGAUUCGCCGUGAGUCAAGUGAUAGAGAGGAAAUACCAGAAAGGAUCGUGGUACAGGUGUACAACAGCGACGAUUUCGUUCCAGAGACUCAGCCGGAGGAACGCGUUGACUGCAGCCUUCGUCUCGAUAACGGAUCACAACACAGCGAAGGCUCCCUCAGUCCCAAUGACUCUGCCUUCCUGAAGCGAACCACAGUAACGAAGAGCACGGAGAUGUCUGCUCCCGCCUCAUUCGGCUUGACACGACCCAAGUCAGCAUCGACAUCCCAGGCGUUUACAUUUGCAACGCCGAAGAGGAUGACUGGCAAAACCCCUUCAGAAGAGAAGAUAGACUUUGUUGAUCCGACUGAGAGUGCUAUUGAGCUGAGUGAGAGUAAAGCAGCAGAUGGUGAUAGCACAGUUGCUUCCUCCCUGACUCUCUUCCCUCCCAGCUCUAUCGACAAUGCGCAGCAAGACACCACGAAAUUGAGCAGUGCCGAGAACGCGAACAACCAGCUCCCAGGUCCUCCAAGGGAAACAGUUGCACCUCUUGAAUCACAGAGAGAUAGCCCGGAUGUAACUCAAGGGCCUAGUUCUAGUUUCGGAACACCGCCUUCUGCACAGCCCGACCCAAGGUCAGCUAAUCGUACUAAGAAGCCGCGUAUCAACAGGAUCACUGGUAAGAGAUUGAGGCAUGGCAAGAGAGCUCUGCGUGCACAGCAGCAUGAUACCUCAUGGCCACCUCGAUCGACCAGCAUCAUGGACAUCCCCCACCAGUCGCCGAGUAGCGCUCCCUCCAUACCUGACGGUGCCGUCAGUUCUCACGACUCAGGGUCUCGAGUGAAUGAGCAUGGUCAUCGAAUCUAUGAGGCUUUUCACGAGUCACGUCCAAUUACAACUCACCAUGAAGUUGCACAAGAUCAAGCUGAUCACGGGGAGACCACUUUCGGUCACCUGAGUGGUGAUCAAGUUCCUGCAGCCACUGUGGAAGCCUCCCUCCAAACAGCCACCUGUAGCCUAUCCAGCAACACUCCUGAGGGUCACAACUUCGGUGCCACUGAGAAAUUGUCCCAUGUCGUUCUGGAACAAGCACUCAAUGACCUUCCUGAACACUCGCCUCGUGUUCCUCUCGAACAAUUUCAGAUUCCCCUGGAGCAAUUAUCGCAAGCUUCUCUGGAGCAACCUACUCAACCCUGGCUAGAAGGGCCGUCACAUGUUCUUCUUGGGCAACUGUCUCACCUUUCCCCGGAACUAUUCCGCGCGGAGACAUCCCAGGAAGUACAUCCCAACCCCUGGGUCUCUACCAAUAGUAUGCCAGGAACUGUGCCGAGAAUGACAACCGAGCAAUUGCUACAGAACGCUCAUCAUGUCAGUGCGAGUGUCACUCGAAAGCCAGUUGUCGAUGACACUCCGGCUGAUUCAAUUCUGCACGAGGUUUCCGGCCGCACCGGGUCUCAACGAGUGACAAAAUCGCGGAAGAAAGGACGAGCUACCAAUAGUUCUCGGUCGACCAUUUCAGCAGCUGUAAGCCGAGGUCAAGGGCUAUCCACACCUUGCGUUAUCGAUCAAUCUUUGGAAUCUCUGAGGUUGGCACUUCUCACGGAUCGAUCUCGAUUGCAACAUGAGCAGAUGACCGAAGCGAAACAUUUCGAAGACAUGAGAACCGUACUCCAAGAUGCGAUCCACUCUCAACAAAAUACUAUCAUCGAGCUGAAGGCGAAACACCAAGAGAAGAACGCAUCCGUCGUCCGGCUGACUGAGAAAGCCAAGACAAAUCAGAAAUACGUCACAGGCCUCCAGAAGGAUUAUGAGAGGCUACAGAAGUCAGUCGCGUCUUUUCAAGAUGAGAAUACGAAGACUCUGAAGCAGAAGAUGGCCGAAGUUGAGAGUGAGAAAGAGUCCUUGCGACAGGAACUUGAGGUGACUAUCGAUGCGUUGUCCAGAAGCCAGAAGAAUAUGAUGUCAACAAUCCAAGACCUCUACAUGCGCUGGGUCAUGUCGGAGUCUAAGAAGAAAGACCUUGCCGAAACUCUCGACCAACAGAAGAUGAUGUGUGAGGACGAGAAGAAGAAGCGCGACGAUCUGGAGAAGCAACUCUUGUCCUCCGUUCAGACUCUCCAAAACCAACUUGGCGGCAGUUUCACUUCACUGACCGAGAAGCUUGUGCAACUCCAAUCGUCUGUGGACAGAGUUGCUGCUGACAACGAGCGCGAUGCUGGGGUCAAAGAGUGCUUGAAUACGUUGAAAAAGAUCCAGACAACUCCUUUUCUUACCGCCAAAGACGUGCAAAAAGCUGAAGGACUUUUGCGCUUCAUACACGACAGCGUCGAUUCGAAACUCGGUGCCCUAUCUGGAAGAUUGGAAAGCAAGAUAUUUCCUACCCAAGAAAUCCAGACUUACAUCGACGAUCAACUGCAGAGACUCCGGGGUGAGAUACUGAAGUACGAAGAAGUCGUUGCUGAGAAUUGCGAGGCCCUUCGGUCAAAUGGUUUGCUCAACAAACAGUUAGAGGUCCAGCAACAGUGCUGCCAGAAGCUAGAUGAGCAAGUCAAGGUUCUUCAGCAAACUAAGGUCAGUCUCAUAGCACGUUCGGCUAAGCUCGAACGAGAGUUGCAAGACCUCAAGGACCUAGUCCGCGAUCAGAAUUCGAAUCCAUCUGAGCUAGAGCGCGAGAUUCUUGACCUUCGUAGUUACCUGGAAAAAGCCAAGGAUGAUCUCAAAGCGGCCAACACCAAAGCUGAGGAGACAGAAAAGGUUCGGGAAGAGCGAGAGAAAACCGGACUCGCGUACAAGAACUGCUACGAAGAAUGUAAAGCAAAGUUAAUCGAAGUUGGUAAAAGAAAGCAGGAAAAAAAGGCUCACGUCGCGAACAUAGUCGAGCUCCACGAAAAGGCCAUGCAAGAUUGCCGCAGGACUUUUGACGAGCAAGAAAGUGAACUCAGAAACGACGUACAUUGUCUCACCAUCGAGCGUGACGAGAGGGAGGGUAUGAUACAAGAACUGAACAAGGAGGUGGACGCUGCAAGGGUUCGACUUCAGAAGGAGCGCAAAGAAGCCAGUGCGGUCGAGUCCGAGCUCGAAGUUAUUCGCAAGGAGAAGAUGGAGGUCGAGGCCAAGCUGAAGAUUGCUCACGGAAGUCCGUCCAAAGCAUCAGAGCUCAUCAACUUCAAGGAUCGACUGCGACGGAAGUCCGAUGAAUUGAACUUCAAAGCGCAGGAGCUCGACGAUUUGACGCGCCAGCAUACGGACUUGGGCAACAAAACGAUGCAUCUCCAAGACUCUUGCGAUCAGUUACAGUCCCAGAUAUCCCAGCAUCUUCUCACAAUCGAAACCAUGCGUCAGGAGUUCCAUGCUCAACUGUCUGAAGAGCGAGAGAAGGCUCAGCAUACACUUGAGGUAGCUCAGGAUCAGAAUGGCAUUCUCGAAAAUGAGAAGCAGAACCUAGAGGCAUGUCUUGUACAGGCUCGGAUGAAUGCAUCCGAAUCAGACAGUGCCCAGACCGUACUUACUAGCGAGCGAGACGAUCUGAAGCGGCAGAUUGAUGAGUUUCGAGCGGCGAAGUGUGCUAGCGACGCAGAGUUACUUCGUGUUCGAGCUGAGAUGGCCGAGAAACUCGGAGAAUAUGACAAUACUCUUCGCACGGAGAUCGAUGAUAUGCAGCGGCAGUUAACGCGAUCCAACGAUACCUUGAAGGAGUCUGAGGCCAAGAGCCGCCGUAUGGAAGUCGAACACCCACAGCAGCUCCGGGCAUACCAGGAGAAGGCCGAGAAGCUGUACGAUCUACUUGUGAAAGAGUCGGACCUGAAACUAGACGAGGCAAGAGCACAUAUCGCCCGGAUCAAGCCAUCCCGAGGAUCUGAUUCAUCGGUGUUGUGUGGAACGACUUCAUCUCCGUUGCGUAACAUCCAUGCGGGAAGAGCGAGGAAGAAGGUCAAUCGCGAGAACAAUUCUGUUCUGGAUGUCAGGGGCUCUUCUACUGCACAAUACAUCGCUGCUGAAUGCACACCAAAAGCAGCUCGAUCUGAACUCCCGCAUAAUCAGCACGAUGAUUCGGAGGAACUUCUUGGUCUUUCUGAGUUCCAAUAUGAUUUUGAAGCUCAGGAGCUACCGGAUGAUCACGAUGUCUCUGUAGUGGAUCCCUCGGCCGAAGAGGUUCAAGAGACACAGGAAGUCGACGGACUAUCCUUGUUCCAAGCGCAAGACGGAAUCUUGGGCCAAGUCACCCAUGAGAAACCCUCGAGUCAACACUCCAGCUCAACGGGCUUGUCUACCAUUGAUUCUGAAGAGAUGACGCAAAUGCAGCAGCAAAUGUCGCCUCCAACGACUCGUGAACGUCAUUCUAGCGCCGCCGGGCGACAAUCAUCCAAGAGCUAUAAGACGGAGACCUCAAUGCGACCGGAUGACAUGCUUGCAGCAGACUCCCAUUCGUCUUUUUCUCAGGACCGACCGAGGUCGCAAGCCAAUACAGCUUCUCGGAUGAUGCCUCCUCCUGGUACAGUUUCACACCACUUCGACGAGCGCGGCCUCGUGCAUGAUGCUGUGGCAAAAGCAACUGCCCAGCAUAUGAUGUAUGAUGGCGUGAGAAAUGAUCUUGAGAGUAGCCACACAAGAUCUGCAUAUCCUCGGACUACAUCAGAGCAGAUUAACGCUUAUCUGGACCCAAGGCUCCUUGACCGUCAUGACAGAAGCCGUGAUGGACAGCGAGCGUCGGGUCAUGGCUCGAGCCAAAAGAGGAAGAGUUCUGUCAGCCAAACGGAACGACUCCCCAUCUACAAGAACAGCAGAACCUCAGUUCAGGAUAAUUCACCUCAUGCGUCAUCGGCGUCGAAGGGUUCCUCGUCGUAUCUGCCAGGCUCACCGAGAGCAGCACCCCAUGGAAAGACUCUCUCUAGCUCUCUGACUGUUACGCCUCGAGCGUCAAACCGAGCUUCGUCGUCCGGUGAGAACAACCCUUCUCGCAGACAGCUGUCGUCGUCGACUAGAGCCCAAACUGUUACCCCGGCACGCCGAUCCUCCAAUCGUCUGACGAAGAGUAAGUCGGGCAAAAAAGAUAUGGACGGUCGCUUCGGCGAAGAGCUAGCCAGACGACGAUGAUUAUAGGAAGUGGCGGCUGCGACAAUUGCGACACUGCCACCCUGUUCCGCAUUCCUGGGUUUGUUGUUGAGUCGCGGUAACGCUUCCCUGAACGAGUUAUAUUUGCCGUGGACGUUGAGAAUGUCUCUGCGGUGUUCGUGACCGUCGGUGACCCACGUAAGUUUCUGAGAAAGCAUACGAGAUUAUCGUAUUGACAAUGUUCAGAAUGACUUUUUUACGAAGUUUUGGACCACAUUAUCGAGCAUCUCUACGGGGUUACCACAUAAC